GGCUCCUCUAUAAGAAAGGCUUGACAAUGUCCCUGCGAAUGGCGGCGAUUCUUUCGACCCUGGCGACCUUCGUUCGUUGCGUGUCCUCUAGAGAGAAUGUCUUCACGAUAAUGGUACACACCGCAGCCAUCCUGAACGGAUUGUCAGGAGUGAUCCUUGGUCCUGCCACGGCACUGGUCUCCGCGAUUUGGUUCCCUCCUGGGAAACGCACCACCGCUACCGGCAUAUCUUCCGCCUGCAAUCAAUUGGGAAUGGCGAUUUCUUAUUUAAUCGGGCCGGCCGUAGUAGAGAACACAGUCGCGCAUAAUACUACGCCUUUAAUAAAUAAUACAACGUUCAACGCAACUGUCGCUUUUGAUAGAAUGUACUACGUGGUAUUGCGAGCACAGAUUAUGUCUCUCAUGAGGAUCGAAUUUGUCGGUCAAUUCUUAAUCCUGAUAGGCAUUCUUUGCUUCUUACCGGAAGAACUUUGUCAAUCUGUUGAUCUCUCCGAAAUUUCUGAGCGUCUUGGUCUUGCGGAAUCAGUUCUUCGUCUUCUAAAGAACAAGAACAUGUGGUGUCUCUGCUUAGCUGCUGCGCUUAGCCAAGGUGUGACUGGACCUUGGCUUGCAAUGAUGACAAUGACCUUUGGCGCCAGCAUUACACAAGGGGAAGCGGACAAAUUAGCUUUCUGGACCAUCAUCGUCAGUGGCGCUUUGAGCUUAAUAGCAUCGCGAUUGGCAGACGCAUUUCAAGGUCGUCUAAAGAUUACUCUUCACAUACUCUUGACGAUAUCGUCAGCAAUGUUUCUAUGGAUACUCUUGCUGGACGAUCGUAUCCUAGUUUUCCACAAGGGUGAGCUGUACGCCGCAGUGAUCCUGGGAAUAUCCGCCAGCUGGUCCACCCCCGCCCUUUUUCUUGAACUCGCCUCCGAAAUAGCGUUUCCGGUCUCCGAAGCCAUCGUCGGCGGUUAUAUGAUCUUUCUGUCGAAUCUCGUCGGCGCGCUCUUCUAUUUCUCAUACUUUCUCCCGUGGAUGAAUAAACACUUGUCGACGUAUUGGACAUUUGCAAACAUCUCAAUGGCAACCAUACUCGUAAUUUACGUCAAGGAAGAUUAUAAUCGUACAAAGAUGAAUUCGACAUCUCGAGCAUCUUGGAAAGAAAUAAAAAAUUGCAAAAGAUUUCGAAAGAAGAAAAUACAACGCUAACCAGAUUCCAUUCAAUCUUUCAAUUAGUAUAUAUAAUUAAUAAACAUCCACAGAUAUCAUUAUCUCAUCAAAUUUUCGCUACAGGCAAGACUGCAAUAGCAAAAUUUAUAAGAAUUACUGUGUAAUAAUAAAGAUAUAUGUAUUUUUAUUCCGCCGAAAUCGCAUACAAAAUAAUUCAUAAAAAUGCAUGUACAAGUUAAAACAAAUAAAUAAUAAUAGUUCAAUAUAGAUCGUAUAUAGAGCAAAAAAGUCUUUGCUUUUUUUGUCUCGAUUGAUCAAAUC